UCCUCCCGAUAGCCUUUUUUUUUCUUUUUUUUUAUUGGACACUAGGCCAACAUGUCGGACUUUUCUUUUUUCACGCCUUUGGCCCUCCAAACAAGUUAUUCCGCCCCAAUUAUUCCACCAACGAGGAUCUAUAAAGGAAACUUCGCUUUGGAGUUUUCCCUUCCUAGGGAUUCGUUUUUGGUCAACCAACAACUCUAGACAGUACACCAUUCGACAUGCAAACUAUUGUUCACAGUAAUCCAAUCCCACCAGUUAGAGAAGUUCCCCGAAAGCCUUUGAUCACAGCAAGGAAGAGUGUUGGACUGGUUUCCACUGCUCGCAAUGUCCCCAAUGUCCUUCACAACUGGUCUGGUAUAAAUCCGAUAGCACGCACGAGUCAAAUACGCUAUCCAAAGACUGAGCAACAGCUAUCGAAUCUCGUACGAAGAUGUAAAGGCAAGAUUGGCAUCGUAGGAAGUGCGUUAUCAUUUGAAAAGAUUGCCACAGUUCCGCUUUCCGAUGACACAUCCGUGCUCGUGAAUCUGAAGCACUUUACCGGAUUACAGCGCAUGACGGAGAGCACCGCAGUCUUUGGUGCGCAAACAACAGUUGAUGAUGUUAUCCGUAUACUUGGCGAACAUGAUCGAAUGAUGCCAUGUAGUCCGGGAGUGAUCGGUAUACAGACACUGGCAGGAUCCAUGUCGACGGGCACCCACGGACAAGGCCUGUUUCAAAGUGCCUAUUCAGACAUUGUCGUGUCUCUCCGAGUUGUCCUCCCAGAUGGGGAGAUUGCCGUAAUAGGCGGCGAGCACAGCCGGAGCGAUCUCCCACUUCAAGCCUUUGUAACAUCAUUGGGAAUGCUUGGAGUUAUCACCGAGGUUGAAAUCAGGACAGAGCCUCGCCGAGUAUUUGCCUGUAAAAAGGUCACCUGUGACUUUGAUGAUUUCAUAGAAGAUUAUACAAAGUGGAACCAACAAGUCGAAUAUGUAAAAGUUUGGUGGUUUCCAGAAACCGAUCAGGUUCACGUUUGGUUUACCGAUCCGGCUUGCCCCAAAUCAAGUGCAUACUUGGAUUUCCUUUCCUCCUCCCGCGAUCAUCCUAUCGAAUCCGCCGUGUGCUCGGCGGCACUGAACGAUACGGUCAGCAUAUAUUGCAACGCCAUGUCACACGAUACCAAAUCCUCCCACUCGCCCUCUUCCACUUCAGUCGCCCCCCAAUUCAAGACCGUACGACGUUUCGCAGAUGCGAGGGACCUCAUAGGGUAUUCGGAGCAAAUCCUCUGUAAAGGAAUUCCUGUACCCCAAAUCAACUGCGAAAUUGCUGUCCCUUUGGAAAACUUCACUUCAGCCACGUUGGCGUUGAGGGAAUGGAGUAUGAGGAACAAGGGGCGCUUGCAUUAUCCCUUCAUUUAUCGAGCGACAGGACGCAGUGAAGCUUGGCUGAGCCCUGCAUUCCAAGGACCAGUAGUUUAUAUUGGGCUCCUUGUUUAUAUUGCGAGUGACGGAACCGUACGCGACGAUGGUUUCGAGACAAUGCGAGAAGUGCAAAAAAUAUUGGCGCAGUUUGGCGGGCUUCCCCACUGGGGUAAACACUUUGUCCCUGAACUAUACGAUUUCGAAAGAAGUUACACAAUGUGGACUCGAUUCGAACAGAUUCGUCAGAAAACAGAUCCGGAAAACAAGUUUCUCAAUCCAUUCUUGGGCACAGUGUUUGGAAGGCGGCGGAGUGCAAGUGCCAGCGCACAUUUGUAAUUUUAGAUAAAACUAGUCUAGUAGUAUGUAAAUAUUUUAUAUAUAUUUGAUCAACGCACCAGUGGUCAAUCAAACGG